AUGAACAAGUCUGUACAAUUUGUUGAAGAUUUACCGACUGUUGAAAAUACUGAACCCGUUUCUUUAUAUAGAUCCACCUCACCAUUUUAUUACAGAGAUCAUGAUAAGUACAUCUUGAGUUAUGGUUCAGAUAGUUGGACUAUAGAAAUUGAUGAUAAGCUGAAAGAAUCGCAUUUAAAAGUUUUGUUUGACAGGUUGUCCUUUUCAUCUGGUCACCUGAACGUACAUCAGAAGGCUAGUGUUGCAUUGCAAAAAGGGUAUGACGAGCAAAUACAGCAUAAUACGAUCAGUUUUAGGAUUUGGAUCUUUAUAUUAAAAGAUUGCUUGUUAAUUCAUCCUGAUACACCUAUUAUUAAGGAUAUGAACCUUCGCCUUGCAUAUGGUAUUAUUUCUCGUUGUGAGAUUCGUCAAGGAAAGGAAAUAUACAUUGUGGCAAAUGAGGACGAUAACUCGGAAUCCUUUGUGUUUCAUCUUUAUCCCGGAGAUCAAAAAGCAAUAAAGCAUCCUUUAUUUCAUACAUUUGCACUUCUUGAUAGGAAUGCAGCCCUUCAAGAAGCAUACAAUGGUUUAAUUGAUGGAAUUCGUCGAUCCCGUCAGUUUCGAGAUGACACUAAUGAUUAUAUCACAUGUGACAACGAUGUCGAUCAACAAGCGCACAUAGAGAAUGAAAUUCUACUUAAUGAAAGCGGUCAAGGCGAUGAUGAACUGAAUGAUGUUUUGUUAGAUGUGGCUCCACGGACAGAAAGCAGUGCUAUGAGUGUUGAGCUAAAUGGAGGUUCUGUAUUGGGCAGCAAGCGUAAUGUUGGGUAUGAUAUUGCGGCAGGUAAAGAAAAGCAUAGAAAAUUUGUGUAA